AUGGCUAGUACAUUGCAAGUGAAUUGCUCCAAAGAAAGACCUUCGCUUUCCCACAAAUUUGAUGAUCAUUCCAGAGGUUCACUCCCUUCUUCUUUGAGUUUUAAGCCACUCUUCAGAAAGUUUCAGCAGAAUCCCAUUUUGGCUAAUGUUCCCAAUAUCAUUAAGGAGGCUUCAGUGAGAAUAAUAGAUAUAUUUGUUGAUUUGGCGUUUGAAUUCGUGGACCAGCCAUUGCUCCCAUCGCAGAGUAAUUUUGCUCCGGUAGAAGAACUGGGAGAAGCUAUUCGUGUUACCAGCAUAGAAGGAAGGAUCCCAGAUGAUUUCCCGGAGGGUGUUUACAUUAGAAACGGCCCGAAUCCUUUAUUUGGAGGAUUAAAAUCGACAAAAUCCGUGUUUGGGAAAUCAAGCCACACCUGGAUAGAAGGUGAAGGAAUGCUUCAUGCUUUGUAUUUUGUUAAAGAACGUGAUGGCAGAUGGAUCACUUCCUACAACAACAGAUAUGUCCAAACCGAUACGCUCAAGUUAGAAAAGAAAAGAAAGAAACCAGCAUUUCUUCCAGCUAUUGAAGGGGAUUCUCAUGCAGUGUUGUCAGCUUUUCUACUAAAUUUGUUAAGAUUUGGCUUAGUGGAUAAAUAUCUUAGCAAUACGAAUGUCUUUGACCAUUCGGGGAAGUUCUACUCAAUUUCUGAGAAUCACAUUCCUCAAGAGAUUGACAUUCGUACAUUAGAAACUCUCAGAAAUUGGGACAUCAAUAAAGCGUGGCGUAGGCCAUUCACUAGCCAUCCUAAGAAAGCUCCAGACACUGGAGAGCUUGUGAUUAUGGGGAUCUCUCCAAGAAAGCCUUACUUUGAACUCGGAGUUAUUUCAGAUUCCGUCCAGUGGUUUGAAGUUGAACCAAGCUGUACAUUUCACAUUAUUAACUGUUACGAGGAAGGCAAUGAGGUGGUCAUGUUGGCAUGUCGAGCCCAUGGUUCAGUCAUACCAGGACCUGAUUAUGGUUUAAACAAAUUUGAAUGGUUUUCUAAAGGGUUUAAGCAUACAAGUUCCAUUGAAGAAAUUGAUGAAAAAUCACAAGGAUCAUUUUUCUCUCGUGCAUAUGAAUGGAGAUUGAAUAUGCAUUCCGGAGACGUGGAAGAGAGAAAUCUCACUGGAACAGAAUAUUCUAUGGAUUUUCCGAUCAUGAAUGAAAAGUUCGUUGGUCUUGAUAAUAAGUUUGGGUACACACAGGUGAUCGAUUCAAAUGCAAGCUUCAUAUCAGGCAUGGCAAAAUAUGGAGGGCUUGCCAAACUUUACUUCAAGGAAAGGAAACUCGAACUUCUCCUGGAUAAGAGACAACACGAAGAAGAGUUGAUAAAGGUCGAGUAUCAUAAGUUUCCACAGAAUACAUUUUGCACCGGAGCUGCCUUCGUUGCAAAACCCGAGAGUCGUGAAGAAGAUGGUGGAUGGAUCAUUACAUAUGUACACAAUGAAGACAAUAAUAUAUCUCAAGUGUAUAUAGUUGACACACAGAAACUUUCAGACGGGCCAGUCGCCAAGAUUACACUACCAAGUAGAGUCCCAUAUGGAUUCCAUGGGGCUUUCAUGCCAAUACGUUAA